AUGUUCCGUCGGAUACACCGCAUUUCCUCUGCGAUAAUAGCAGCCCUCGCAUAUGGUUUGUUGAUGGGAGCAGUCCAGAGUCGCAUGCUCCACUUUCAACCUCCAAGACCCUUUGAUACGACCGACUGCAAAGGACUGUCUAUGUAUGGCCGCCUGGAAAAGAAGUUCGAGCCGUCAGAUAUGGUGUGGCAGCCUUCUACAAAUACCUUGUUCGUGGUCAGCGACGGUGGCAAAAUCGGCGGUCUGACGAAUAUUGGAACACCGGAUGGGUCGGGGACUCCGGCUGAGAUAUGGGACCUUGGCGGAGACUUUGACCUUGAAGGGUGUACGCUGGUGGCGGGAAGGGACGAUUUCAUAUAUCUAGGAAACGAGGUUCCCGCCAGCAUUGUAGAAUAUAACCUCAAAACCUCCUCCGUUACCCGUCGAUGGGACCUGCAAGCAACAUUCGAUGCCCACCCAGUUGCCGACCCCGACGCCAAAGCCGACAACAACGGCCUGGAAUCCCUCGUCUUCAUGUCCUCCCCCGAUGUCAAAUCCGGCGGCUACUUCUACGCCGGGCGGCAGGCCGACGCCCAGAUCUUCGUAUACGACAUCCCGCUGGACGACCCAUCGGGAUCAGCUACAUUGAUGGGGAUCAUUGACCCGCCUGGGCAGGGAUACGACCUGUCCGCAAUGACAUUAUGGCGAAACAAUCUAUGGCUGCUCUACGACAAGCCCAAAGAGCUGCGAGCAGUAGAAUGGAGCAACGCGAUGCUCAGCCCGACCGCCCGGCCGGUGCAAAAGGUCAAUGCGAAGGGGUUGCAGAACACCAGGGUCGGGACCCUGUCGUUCAGCGUGCGCGGGCAAGAGGCGAUCCAGUUCGUGCAGGACCCGCAAGGGAAGCAGUGGGUUUUUGUCGGCGUAGAUCCGCCGAAGCGGAAGGGGCCCAAGGAUCUCCUUCGGUUUGAGCUGGAGGAGUUUUUUGAUUGUUUCGCGGAUGCUGGCACGGCUGCUAUCCCUCCGUAG